AUGUCUAAAUCAGAGCCAAUCAAUUCGAUGGCAAUGUGGGUCUCCCUUGUCGGGCCAACGCAAUCUAGACGCCGUGUGGCUGUUGACUAUCGUAUGGAUUGGCUGUAUUGCUCCUCCGCGCCCGAAAGCAACAAUCUUGGGACGGAAGAUUCGGUAAUACCGGUAUUGAUGUACUCCCAUUCUCCACAAUGGACUCUCAGCGUCAUCUUCUCCACCAAUGCUAAGACACCCUCGAUUGGAUCGCCUGCUGAGAUCAAGACGGAGCUGGAACUCUUCAAAAAGUCCGCAAUGUCGGAAUGCAUGUGUGUUUAUGUGUGUGUGGACGAGCUCCAGAGGUGUGUCUGGUUGCAUGAAAUCAAAAGUGUUGGGAAAUUGUAA